GCCGUGGGGUGGUUCCCUUCUGGGAUGGACGUUGGGAGCGGAUCCUGCCCCCUACCUGUCCGUCUUGGCUUGCGGGCAGGGACAUCAAAGCAGCCUUCCCACGGGUUGUGCUGGGUGGCGGUUGGUCCCUGUCGUCGUCCAAGCUUUCUGCUGUGGGGGACGGGGACGGGGACGGGGACGGGGACGACGGUGUGAAAUCACGCGGCCCUAGGAGGUGGGGGAUCGAGGGAGACCUGCCUCACGCGAAGCACCCGCGCCGGCAGCCCGGCUUUUCCUCUGCUGUUACUGCUUGGUUUGGAAGAAGGUCUAAGGGCGGGCUCCGAAAGGCAUUUUAUAAAACUACUUACAAGAGCACGUGCAAUACGCUAUUAAAAGAAGCAAUAGAGCGGUUUGGCCUAUUACAGAAUUAUGGUUCAACUAACAAUGGACCUAAUUGCUAAAAGUGUCAGUCACAAGAAUCGCAAUGAAGAGGACUUUGGACAUUAUCUGCGAAAAAUAACUCAUCUGAAUUUAUCAGAUAAAAAUAUAGAUGCAAUAGGUGACCUCUCUUUGUGUAAAAAUCUUAGAGUGCUAUAUUUAUAUGAUAACCAAAUCAGUCAAAUCCAGAACUUGGACUUUGCUUCAAAUAUAACGCACCUUUACCUUCAGAACAAUUGUAUUUCAUGUAUAGAAAAUCUCUCAUCACUGAAAAACCUUGAAAAACUGUAUCUGGGGGGCAACUGCAUCACUGUAGUAGAGGGUUUGGAUAAAAUAGAACAAAUAAGGGAGCUACAUAUUGAAAAUCAACAUCUCCCUCUUGGUGAAAAGCUUCUCUUUGAUCCAAGAUCUCUUAGGUCCCUGGCAAAAUCUUUGUCUGUGUUGAAUAUCAGCAAUAACAACAUUGAUGAAUUAGAAGAACUGGCAGUUUUGGAAAAUCUUUCAUAUCUUAGAGCAGCUGACAAUCAACUUCAACAUAUGAAGGAUUUGGAAGUUGUAUUAAACAAAUGGACAAAGCUACGCAGAAUGGAUCUUACAGGAAACCCCAUCUGCCACAAACCAAAGUACAGGGACAGGAUUGUAGUACAGACACAAACUUUAGAAUCCCUUGAUGGGAAAGAAAUUAAAGACAUGGAAAGACAGUUCCUAAUGAAUUGGAAAGCCUCCAAAGUUGCCAGGAAAAAAACCAAAGAAAGAAUGACAAAUGAACAUGCAGCCUAUCUACAUUUUUCUGACUUUGAAACACCUCAUCCUAUUCUUCCCUUUCACUACAGUCACUCUGUGAAAGAAAAAACAAAUUUUUUAGUUUUGUCUGAGAUGCACACAGUUAAAAGAAAACCUCUGCCAAGAAUCCUGGAAAAAAAUAAGUCAGAUGAAAACUCAGGUUGAAGAGGAAUCUGAAGUAACAGCAGAAGUAAGUUGAAUUCUAAAAGCCAGAAGUUACAGGAUGUGAAGAUUUGGCCAUUAUUGGAUUUUUUUUUUUUUUCCUCAAAGCUUACAAAGAAAGGUACUGGUGUCUCUUUGGAUAUGUUAUCUGUGGUUUUGUAAUCUCCAAACAAGACAAAAUGAAGUAUGUUGAAUUUAACACUGCCUUUAAAGAGCGUUCAGAAAAAUAAGGGGACUGCCUAUUUAUUUAGAAGCAAUGCUUUGUAUUAAAGGCAUGUAAAAACAUCA